CAGGAGGUGCUCCGGACGAUGCGGGAGGCAGCGGCGUGCGUGGGGAGGAGGUCGAGUGCUUCCUUUCCGAGGAGGUCGUGGGCUUCCGGACAGCGCAUUCGGGGCGGGCGAUAAUCCCCUCGACCAGGGCGGUGUUGGGGGUGUCGAAGAGUGACCGCGAUUACCUGGGCAGGUCGUCGCCGCGAGGGGCGGGCACCUGCGCAAGGACAUGCCGUGCAGUCGUGACCACGCUCCAGCUGCAGUUCGCGGUUCGCGGAGCUGCUACGUUCACGGAGGUCCCACGUAGCGCUGGACGAGUCAGCGGCCAUCCCGGACCUGGCGAAUUGGCUGAUGCAGAAGGAGAACUUCUCGGUGCAGAUAGCGGCGAGCUUGACAGUCGAGACCUACGCGGCCCUCGAGGCCUGCGCUGGCGGGUUGGCGACGGCGCCCCAGGACAUCGAGGGCGAGCCGUGUGGAGCACCGACUCCAGAGGCGCCGCGGCGGUCGCAGAUGGUCGACGUGUCGGGCAAGGCGACCACCAGGCGCACCGCCCGCGCCGCCUGCGUGGUGGAGGUGGGCGAGGAGGUCGCCCGGGCCAUCGCGGACGGCAGGGUCGCGAAGGGAGACGUGUUCACGGUGAGCGAGGUUGCCGGCAUCAUGGCCGCCAAGCGCACGCCCGACAUCCUGCCACUCUGCCACCCGCUGCCUCUUCGGCGGGCCGUCGUGGAGUGCCGCCUGGACGCCAGUGCUGGCCGCGUGGAGGUGGUUGCCGACGUCUCCUGCGAUGGCCCCACUGGCGUAGAGAUGGAGAGCCUGACGGCAGCGGCGGCCGCAGCCCUGUGUAUCUACGACAUGUGCAAGCCCAUCAGCAAGGGCAUCGUGAUCUCGGAUUUGAGGCUUCUCAGCAAAUCCGGUGGCAAGAGCGGCGACUACGAGCGCACCGAGUAG